AUCUUUCAUUAGUAACAGUUCGGUAUUUGCGAUCCAGAGAUUCUAGUUUUCAGCUACCCAGUGAAGCCAUGACGGAUGCGAAUAAUUUACUAGCGCUACUGCAGCGUCCCCUGGAGCCAACGUUUAUGCCGAAAGACGACGGCAAGACCAUCAUCGAUGUCCCGGAUGAGUUCUAUACCGACCGUUACCGACCGAUUGGAUCCGAUUUACAGACCCGAUUUUCGGCGGAUGUCGAGCAACGAAUUCCUGUCCGGAGUGUUACGCCACCAGAUCUAUCGUUUGCCGAUGGAAUCGAGCGCCGUGGGUCCUUUUCGCUGUUUGUGCCAAAGCAUAGAGAGGCUGCGGCUGCUUUAAUCCAGCUUUUUAUGGAUCAGCCGGAUGUUUCGUCGCUGAUGAGCGUUGCUACGUAUUGUAGGGAUCGGUUGAACCCGGUUCUAUACCAAUAUGCGCUCACCGUAGCGAUGCAACAUCGAGCAGACACCAAGCAUGUUAACAUACCGUCUAUUGUAUCCCUUUUCCCCGACCAGUUCGUCGAUUCUUCUGUAUUCCCGAAACUCCGCGAGGAAGGCAGAGUCAUUCAGCAAGCGAACCGAAUGGUGAUCGAAAUCCCACCAAACUACACCGCCUCCGAUAGGGAAGAGGAACAAAGGCUGGCGUACUUCCGUGAAGAUAUUGGCGUAAAUAUGCAUCAUUGGCACUGGCAUCUGGUGUAUCCAGGUGAAGGUCCGGAUGAAGUCGUCCGCAAGGAUCGUCGCGGUGAACUGUUCUACUACAUGCACAGCCAACUGAUCGCCCGCUACAAUGCUGAACGAUUCUGUAACCGUUUGGCUAGCGUCAAGAAUUUCAACAAUUACCGAGAACCCAUCCCGGAAGCAUAUUUCCCCAAAAUGAUCCGCAGUUCGAACAAUCGCUCGUAUCCCGGAAGACACGCCAAUAUACUGCUUCAAGAUGUGAACCGUAUCGACAACAAAACGAUUGUGCAGAUAAGUGAUCUUGAACGCUGGCGCGAUCGCAUUCUUGAGGCUAUCGAUCAGGGCUUCGUGCUGGAUACUAGCGGCAAUCGUAUCAUGAUUGAUAACGAGAAAGGAAUUGACAUUUUGGGGGAUGUUCUCGAGUCGUCAAGUUUGUCUCCUAAUCCCCGAUUGUAUGGCAGUCUGCAUAACUUUGGACACAACGUGGUUGCCUAUAUCCACGACCCGGAUUACCGAUAUUUGGAAGACUACGGUGUUAUGGGCGAUGUAACAACGGCAAUGCGUGAUCCAUUUUUCUAUCGUUGGCACGGUAUGAUUGAUGAGAUUUUCCGUCGCCAAAAGGACCGCCUGCCAGUGUACACUGCAUCCCAGCUGGGCUUCCCCAGCGUGAAGGUUACGUCCGUGGGCGUACAGCUGAAUCGUGCCAAUACUCUGCCCAAUGUGCUUCUGACUUACUGGCAAACCUCUCAGGUCGAUCUUGCCUCCGGUAUGGACUUUGGACCGGAUGGUAACGUGUUUGCUUCCUUCACCCAUUUGCAACACGCUCCGUUUUCGUUCCGUGUUGAGGUUGACAAUGACACUGGAUCAGUGCAAAAGGGUACCCUGCGGAUCUGGAUUGCCCCUAAGGUAGACGAGCGCGGAACUGCGUUGAAAUUCGUUGAACAACGGCGGUAUUUCAUUGAGAUGGAUACCUCUACUGUGACCUUGAACCCUGGAAAGAACACAAUUGCCCGGCGUUCGGACCAAUCCAGCGUGACUAUUCCGUACGAACGAACCUUCCGAGCUGUGGGAAAAACUGCAUCUCCCACCGACGAAAAGCAGUUAGCUCUGUUCCGCUUUUGUGGAUGCGGUUGGCCAGCGCACAUGCUGGUUCCCAAGGGCUCAGCCGGAGACGGCGUGCAGUUCGACAUCUUCGCCAUGGUUACAAAUCACGCGGAAGACUCGGUACACCAACCAGCUGACCCAGCUGGACCAUGUGACGAUGCUCAUUCGUUCUGCGGCCUGCGGGAUAAGCUGUAUCCCGAUAAGCGAGCGAUGGGAUUCCCCUUCGAUCGUCCGGCUGCCACGGCGGUUACGACCCUGCAAGACUUCGUCACUCCCAAUCCGAACAUGGCAAUCGGAACCAUUCUGGUGAAGUUUAGCAACAAAACAUUCGCGCGGACACUGAUGUCUCCGAAGAAAAUGUUUGCCGAUGACCUAAAAUUGUAUAGAACGAUUUCAUCUGUCCUCGAUUGUCUUGUUCUGCAAAGCGACAUCGAUGAGCUCAUGCUGUGGUGCCGUGAAAAUACUAUAGCGAUGAACAUAACGAAAUUUUCUUUCGAUCUUCGAUCCAACAACACACAGUUCUGCAUCGCGAUGACCGAUAAAAAUUCCCUUCUGGCAUUGCUCCAGCGUCCGCUAGAGCCGGCAUUUAUGCCAAAAGACGACGGGAAAACGAUUCUGGUAAUCCCGGAUGAGUACUUGAGCAAACGUUAUCGUCCGCUGGCUGACGAUCUUCAGACUCGAUUCACUGACGGGGCGGAACUGGAGAUUCCGGUGCGCAACGUUGGUAUUCCGGAUAUCUCGUUUGCUGAAGUGAUUGAUCGACGGGGCGCGUUCUCCCUGUUCAUCGAGAAGCAUCGUGAUAUUGCCGGUCAGCUGAUCAAUCUCUUUAUGAACCAAGCGGAUGUAACGUCACUGAUGAGUGUCGCUACAUAUGCCAGGGACAGACUGAAUCCGAUUUUGUUCCAGUACGCACUGACCGUCGCGAUUCAGCAUCGUCCAGAUACCAAGGAUGUGCAGAUUCCAUCUAUCAUCAAUCUGUUCCCGGAUCAGUUUGUCGAUCCGUCGGUGUUUCCGAAACUGCGCGAGGAAGGUAACAUAGUUCAGCAGGAAAAACGGACGACGAUCGAUAUUCCAGCAACGUUCACCGCCUCGGAACGGGAAAUGGAACAGCGGAUGGCUUACUUCCGCGAGGAUAUUGGAGUGAAUAUGCACCACUGGCACUGGCAUUUGGUUUAUCCCGGCGGAGCUGCUCCUGAGAUCGUUCGCAAGGAUCGUCGGGGAGAGCUGUUCUACUACAUGCAUAGUCAAAUUAUUGCCCGAUACAGCGUGGAUCGUUUCUGUAAUCGUUUGGCCCGUGCUCGGCCUCUGGUAAAUUAUAGGGAACCGAUCGCAGAGGCUUAUUUCCCGAAGAUGGUCCGCAGUUCGAAUUCGCGUGCGUAUCCGGCCCGUGCAGCAGAUUCUACGCUGAAAGACCUCAACAGAGUGGACAACGAUACAGUGGUCUCUGUCAAUGAUGUACAGCGUUGGACGGAUCGUAUUCACCAAGCGAUUGACCAGGGAUUCGUGACCGAUACAACGGGUAAAAAUAUUCCACUAGACGAGGUUAAAGGAAUCGAUAUCCUGGGAGAUAUAGUGGAGGCCUCUGUGCUGUCCGUCAACAGGAGAUACUAUGGAAGCUUGCACAAUGUGGGACAUGACAUACUGGCGUACAUCCAUGAUCCCGACUAUCGCUAUUUGGAGGACUUCGGUGUGAUGGGUGAUGUUACGACUGCUAUGCGUGACCCUGUAUUCUACCGUUGGCACGGAAUGAUUGAUGGUAUCUUCAGAAAAUUCAUCGAAACCUUGAAUCCAUAUACUACGGCCCAAUUAAGUAACCCGGGAGUGAGGGUGACCAGUCUGAACGUUCGCAUCAAUCGAGCGAAUGCUCCACCUAAUGUUUUGUUGACAUAUUGGCAGAAAUCUCAAGUAGAUCUAGCUGCGGGUCUUGAUUUUGGUCCACAGGGGAACGUGUUUGCUAGCUUCACUCAUCUUCAACAUGCGCCGUUCGUGUAUGAGUUUAAGGUUACAAACUCAUCGGGUGCACCGAAACAAGGAACGGCAAGAAUUUUCAUUGCUCCAAAAGUUGACGAACGUGGGACAAACCUGUCAUUCAACGAGCAACGCUUACUCUUCAUUGAACUUGAUAAGUUCACUGUAAACUUGAAACCCGGCGAGAACACCAUUAUUCGCAGAUCGGAACAAUCUAGCGUGACGAUCCCGUACGAGAGAACAUUCCGUAAAGUGGGUGCAUUCCAAACCCCUGCCGAAGGUAAUCAGCGGGACCAGUUCCGUUUUUGUGGAUGCGGCUGGCCCGAGCAUAUGCUUCUACCGAAGGGAUCCCCCGAAGGCGUACAAUUUGAUCUUUACAUCAUGAUUUCGAACUUUGCCGAUGAUACGGUCAAUCAGCCGUUUGAUGAAAACAUCGAUUGCAACGACUCCCAUUCGUUCUGUGGUUUGCGGGACAAGUUGUAUCCGGACAAGCGCCCGAUGGGAUUCCCGUUCGAUCGUCGAACUCCGCCGAGCGUUGCAACGUUGAGAGAUUUUAUCGCCCCAAAUGCCAACAUGGCAUCGACUAACGUGCAAAUCAAAUUCACGAAUACCGUAAUCGCCAGAACUUAAAGAUAUGAUUUGGCUGCAGAUUUUAUCGAUUGCAAAUGGAAGAUGAGGCUUUCGGAAUAUUUAAUAAAUCAAAUGUACGCAUAAUUUAGAAGAAAUUGUUUGAAU